UUUUGUUACGGCGAAAAUUAGAAGGUUGUUUCCUGAUUCAACAACCAGGUAGUAGAGAAGGGGUGGUUACCUUGUUAAGCACGUCUUUCUAUGGGCUAUCAAACUCUAUAAAUACCCUUUCUUUUCGUCUUCAAUUCCUUCCUUCCCUUCUUCCCUUUUCCUUCCCCUUCUUGUUUUUGUGUUUCUUCCCUUUUCCUUCUUAGGGUUUAUUUCCUCUUGCCUGCCUUGUUCUAGCCUUUUUGUUCUAUGGAGAUUUUCUGUUUCUGAUCUGACAACUGCAUUUUAGCGAUCAUUUCCCGUUUGUUUCAUAGGAAAACGAUAAUUGAAGACACGGUCACGUUUUCUCUACACGUGGGAUCAGCUAUCUUCUGCAUUUUACUGGAGCUAUAUACCAUCCCUUCCUCAAGGAUUCUUGUGCAAAUAAUGUUUGGUCACUGGCUAUAAAUGCGGUGCAGUUUUGGAGAUGAAAAGUUUUCAGGAAGCCUAUGCUUGAUGGACUGCUUUCCCAGCAGCAGUGACAAGAAAACAUUGAAGAAGUGGUUUUUCAUUGAUAAAAGGGUUGGGUGAAAGUGUUGUCUGAGGUGCAUAUAUUUUUGUUUCGAGUGGUUUAUUAGUAUCAAACAGUUUUACACUUUGGAAGUGCUUUGCAAGUAAUAUUCUGGACCCAAUGGACAUGAAGUCAAAUAAGUCAUCUCCAGUUCUCACUGAUCCUGCUCCAAUUAACAAAUCAAGGCUCGGCAUCCAUUCUAAUUUACUGCCUUACCCACAAUCUGGAGCAUCUUUUUCCUCUGGCAAGCACAUAAAUAUUCCUAGGAAAAAGCCAGGAAAGCUUGAUGAUGUUCGCUCCAAUGGAUGGUUGGAUGCCAUGAAAUCCUCAUCACCCCCUCGUAAGAAGCUCAUUAAGGAUUUCAACUUCGAAGUUGCUGCAGAUGAGACUGACAUUGCUUACUUCUCUUGGAUGCUUAAGUACCCAUCAGCACUUAAUUCUUUUGAGCAAAUUACAAAUUUUGCAAAAACCAAAAAGAUAGCAAUAUUUCUAGAUUAUGAUGGGACUCUUUCUCCCAUUGUUGUUGAUCCAGACCAGGCCACUAUGUCUGAUGAAAUGCGUUCUGUUGUAAGAAAUGUUGCAAAGUAUUUUCCAACAGCAAUUAUUAGUGGAAGAAGCCGUGAUAAAGUGUACGAGUUGGUAGGACUAACAGAACUCUAUUAUGCCGGUAGUCAUGGGAUGGACAUCAUGGGCCCUAUCAAUAGGGCAGUGUCCAAUAACCAACCAAAUUGUAUUAAAUCUAUUGACCAACAGGGCAAGGAGGUAAAUCUAUUCCAGCCCGCUAGGGAGUUUAUACCUAUGAUCGAUGAGGUUUUUAGAACCCUUGUCGAGAAUACUAAAGAAAUCAAAGGCGCAAAAGUUGAGAAUCACAAAUUUUGUGCUUCUGUUCAUUAUCGUAAUGUAGAUGAGAAGAAUUGGCAUACGAUUGCACAAUGCGUGCAUGAUAUCCUAACACAGUAUCCUCGUUUACGAUUAACUCAUGGGCGGAAGGUUUUAGAGAUCCGUCCUGUGAUUGACUGGAACAAAGGGAGAGCAGUUGAAUUUCUGCUUGAAUCUCUUGGUAAGGAAUCUUACUCUGGUCAUUUAGCACAGUUUAGCCGACAUAUUGAUUCGAAUCUUAAUGAAAAUGGGAAUACAGGCCUAAGUAAGAGAGACGAUGUGCUCCCAAUUUAUAUCGGAGAUGAUCGAACUGAUGAAGAUGCAUUCAAGGUGUUGCGAGAAAGAAAUCAAGGUUAUGGCAUUCUGGUAUCUUGUGUGCCCAAAGAAACCAAUGCAUUUUACUCCCUAAGGGAUCCAAUAGAGGUACUGCAAUUCCUGUCGUCGCUGGUGAGAUGGAAGAAGCUAGGAGAAGAGCGACGUUCCAUGAAUAAUAGACGCAGUAUAUAAUAGCAGUAGCCAUUUAAUUUAUUUUUGUCGAACUAUUAUUUUUGUUAAAUUAGCUUUUGCUAUGUAUAUGCAUCACCGAUUCUGUUGCCUCCUUGUUUGUUAAGCAGAUCAAGGAAUAAUGUUUUUCCAUCGACAUUGAAUUUAAUUUCACUUCAUAAUC